GGGGGUCUGCUACUGCAGUUGGUCUGGGCUGGAGUCUCCGGGUAUGGAAGCUUCCUGGCGCCAGGUGGUCGGUGGCCGAGGCCGAGCCCGAGGGCGGGCCACUGCGGCCCCCUCCUCAGGAAAUGGAGUCCGUCUCCGUGGCGCCGGAGGAGGUCGAGAGAAGGGGUCAGUGGGCGCCGCUCGUCCUGGCCCCAGCCACGGAGGAACCGUGGCCGCUGCGGCUGCAGGUGGCUCAGCAGGGAACGGCCCCGGGGGAUCUGAAGCACCGCAGGCUUCCGUAGUCAGGGAGUUAAUGUCACAGAGGAAAUUUGAGGAAAUCAAGAAGGCUAAUCAAGCUGCAGCCAGAAAACUUGUUGAAGAACACUUUAACUCUUCAUCAGAAGACGAAGGAGAUGACGAAGGAAAACAGGGGAAAAUAAUUGCCAAUACAUUUAUAACAUACACUACUCAGACAGAUGGAGAUACACGUGAAUUAGAACGAACAAAACAGUAUGUAAAUGAAGCAUUUCAAGCAGGGGCUAUGACAUGCUUAAUUUGUAUUGCUUCAGUGAAGAGAAACCAAGCAGUUUGGAGCUGUUCAGGAUGUUUCUGUAUAUUUCACAUGCCUUGUAUCCAGAAGUGGGCUAAGGACAGCCAGUUUCUUGUAUCUUCUCCUUUGACUGAUGAUGAUUUUGGAAAGAGAGAUUAUCCCUGGCCUUGUCCAAAAUGUAGGUUUGAAUACAAACGAUCUGAAACACCUAAUAGGUACUAUUGCUAUUGUGGAAAAGUAGAAGAUCCACCUUUAGACCCAUGGCUGGUGCCUCAUUCAUGUGGCCAAGUAUGUGAGAGAGAAUUUAAACCUUCUUGUGGCCAUAAGUGUUUACUUCUCUGUCAUCCAGGUCCCUGCCCUCCUUGUCCAAAGAUGGUCACAACUACUUGUUACUGUAAGAAAGCAAAACCUAUCCCUCGUAGGUGCAGUGCCAAGGAAUGGUCCUGUCAGCUGCAGUGUGGGCGGAAGUUACUUUGUGGACAGCAUAAGUGUGAAAAUCCUUGUCAUGCAGGAAAUUGUCAGCCGUGUCCAAGAGUUAGCAGACAGAAAUGUGUCUGUGGCAAAAAAGUAGCUGAAAGAAGUUGUGCAAGUCCACUGUGGCACUGUGAUCAAGUAUGUGGAAAAACACUGCCAUGUGGUAAUCAUACAUGUGAACAGAUUUGCCAUGUUGGUGCUUGUGGAGAAUGUCCUCGAUCUGGGAAAAGGUUCUGUCCAUGUCAGAAAUCAAAGUUUUCUUUGCCUUGUACAGAAGAUGUGCCAACAUGUGGAGACAGUUGUGACAAAGUACUUGAAUGUGGAAUCCAUAGAUGUUCACAGCGUUGUCAUCGAGGUCCUUGUGAAACAUGUAGACAAGAAGUGGAAAAGCAUUGUCGCUGUGGAAAGCAUACAAAACGAAUGCCAUGCCAUAAGCCCUAUCUGUGUGAAACUAAGUGUAUUAAGAUGCGUGACUGUCAGAAGCAUCAGUGUAGGAGAAAGUGUUGCCCUGGAAAUUGUCCACCUUGUGAUCAAAACUGUGGACGGACUUUAGGAUGUAGAAACCAUAAGUGUCCAUCUGUCUGCCACAGAGGAAGUUGCUAUCCCUGCCCAGAAACUGUAGAUGUUAAGUGCAAUUGUGGUAUUACAAAAGUGACAGUACCUUGUGGCCGAGAACGUACCACAAGACCACCCAAGUGCAAAGAGCUGUGCAGUCGACCACCAACUUGCCAUCAUACAAGUCAAGAGAAACAUCGCUGUCACUUUGGCUCUUGUCCUCCAUGUCAUCAACCUUGCCAAAAAGUUUUGGAGAAGUGUGGUCACUUGUGUCCUGCUUCAUGUCAUGAUCAAGCAUUAAUAAAGCAAACUGGCAGGUACCAGCCUACAGGCCCCUGGGAACAGCCUUCGGAGCCAACAUUUAUUCAGACUACAUUACCUUGUCCUCCCUGUCAGGUUCCUAUUCCUAUGGAAUGUCUUGGGAAACAUGAGAUAAGUCCACUACCAUGCCAUGCUGUAGGACCUUACUCUUGUAAGAGAGUUUGUGGACGAACCUUAGAUUGUAAGAAUCAUACUUGUAUGAAAGAAUGCCAUAAAGUAACUGUAAUUGAUGGCUGCCCAGACAAAAAUAAGGCUGGCACAGAAUGCUUUCAGUGUGAAGAAGGGUGCUCUAAAUCACGGCCACUGGGUUGUCCUCAUCCUUGUGUUUUGCCUUGUCACCCUGGGGAAUGUCCUCCUUGUGUGCAGAUGCUUAGAAUAAAAUGUCACUGCAAGAUCACAAGCCUAUAUGUGGAAUGUAGGAAAAUAACCACAGCUGAUAUCAAUGAAAAGAAUCUCCUCAGUUCUUGCAAGAACCAGUGCCCUAAAGAGCUUCCUUGUGGUCAUAGAUGCAAAGAGAUGUGCCAUCCUGGUGAAUGUCCUUUUAAUUGCAAUCAGAAGGUAAAACUUAGAUGUCCUUGCAAGAGAAUAAAAAAGGAUUUGCAGUGCAAUAAAGUACGUGAAAAUCAGGUUUCGAUAGAAUGUGAUGCAACAUGCAAGGAAAUGAAGCAGAAAGCAUCUGAGAUAAAGGAAGCAGAAGCCAAAGCUGCUCUUGAAGAGGAAAAACGAAGACAACAGGCCGAACUGGAGGCUUUUGAAAACAGACUGAAAGGUCGUCGAAAGAAGAACAGGAAAAGAGAUGAAGUAGCAGUUGAGUUGUCACUGUGGCAAAAAUAUAAAUAUUAUCUCCUUCCAGUGUGUGGAGUUGUGCUUGUAGUGUUUGCAUGGUCCAUUGCUCGUGAUGCAGAUUAAAACUUUUGAUCUUUUAAUAUACCUCAGAUUAGAUUUAGACAAAUUGUUACAUUUGGAAUACGAGAAAGUGUAUAUUGUAGAACAAGGCAUAAUUCACAUUCGUCUCUAGUCUCUUCCAGCUGUUGUUAGAAGGACAGAAUGUUAAGCUUUAUCUUAAUUAGUAUACUAGAAAGGGCAGUAUAACAGUGUUUAAAGUAGAAAGCAUGACUUAAACUUAAAAAAAUAUAUAUUUAUUAGGCUUAGCUAGUGGCAGAAUAACACGUUGUUCACUGUGCUUCCUUGUGUUAACAUAGUUGUUUCAUUUAAUAUUUCAAACCAACUUGUUUUUUUCUUUUCUGUAAAAUUCAGAUGAAACUGAGCCAUUUAUGCAGAAAGGAAUAUUUCUCAAUGUUUUAUGUACUUAUUAAAGGAAAUUUUUCUUUAUCAUGUAAGUUUGUACUUUCUUAAAAAAGUGAUUCUCUAAAAGACCUCUUAAAUUGUAAAACAGAUUCCAGAAGUUGAUUUAUUAGUGAGGAAUUUUAUCAGUCAUUGAUAUAGAUUUUCAUGUAAUGUGUUCCUCAGAGGAAAAUAUAAUUGUUUUUAACAAAUGCCAGACUGGAUUCCUCACACAUGGCUAUUUCUUGUGUAAGAAACUUUUAACUGAAGUUGGCAUGUUUUGUAAAACUUAAGUCUUUUCAAAAUCAUAAUAAAAGGAAACUGAUAUUUAUGAGCAAUAUGUGCUGAGCACAGGUCUUAUGAGCUUUAUGCACUUUAUUUCUCCUUACCACCAUCCGAUGAGAUAAAUAGAUUUCAGCUGGACAUAAUCAGUUCUUACAAAAACAAACUAAUAGGGAAAUAUCAGUAAGACAAAUCUGUUUGAAUUGUAAGUCAUUUUAAAUAGUUCUAUUUAAUUUUUGUAUGUUUUUUUAAUUAAAUUUUUCAUACUACGUUUGUAAUCUAGAACAUUUAUUAUUUGAUAUAUUCAGAAACCUUUAAUUUUAAGUUAGGCAUUAGUAUCAAGUAUAAAACUCUUAAUAGUUGAUGUAGAACAUAGUCAUUGAUAGACAAUAGGAAGUGGUAGAAGUGUGUUUUAAAUGGAAGUACAAAGGAUUAUUUCAAUUUUGCUACAUUUAACUCAGUUUUUAUUUUAAUGUCAUGUACAUUAGUCAAGUCUUAAUUGGUUUCUAGAAUUAAAGGGCAGUUAUUCCUCUCUUAAUGGUUUUUUUUUUUUUACCUUUCCCAAUUAUAGAGUUACUGGGUUUGUGUAUCAGAAGCUCUAAAUCAGAUCUGUGAUGUUCAAGCCAUUACUUUAAUUUGCUCUAACUAAAAUGAGUCUUAAGGAAUAUGAGUGACCAAGUUUCUACCUAGGGAGCUAGUAUCAUGUGUUUCAGAAUCUUGGUCCAUUAAACAAGCCUGAAAUCUAGUAGCUUGUGUUUACAUACCUUGUUUGCUGUACAUAAUAUUUCUGAGACAUUAAUCCUCUAAUACACCUUAAAAGUCAUUGGCAACUGUCUUAGUCAUCUAGUGCUGCUAUAACAGAAAUACCACAAGUGGAUGGCUUUUAACAAAGAGAAAUUUAUUUCUUCA